AAAAGCACCUGGAGGCUACAAGCAACACAUGUCUCUUGUAUUCUACAUACUCAGAGCCUGGCACCCUUGAGAUCAAAAGAAAAGCAGAGCCAACGUGGGAGCUUGGCGAAAGCCAUUCCACACCAGAUUCUGUGGCCUGUGUUGACAUGUUGCCUAAGAGGAUCAGGUGUCUGUGACAACCAUCCUAAAACCUGAAGUCAUGGCAAGUAGUGAAGAUGAACCAAGGAACUGUGUGGUAUGUGGAGACCGAGCCACGGGCUAUCAUUUCCAUGCUUUGACUUGUGAGGGCUGCAAGGGUUUUUUCAGACGAACAGUGAGCAAAAGCACUGGUCCCAUCUGCCCCUUUGCUGGAAACUGUGAGGUUAACAAGGCCCAGAGGCGCCACUGCCCAGCCUGCAGGUUGCAGAAGUGUUUAAAUGCUGGCAUGAGGAAAGACAUGAUACUGUCAGCAGAAGCCCUGGCAUUGCGACGAGCAAGGCAGGCGCAGCGGAGGGGACAGCAAACACCUAUACAACUGAGUAAGGAACAGAAAGAGCUGGUCCAGAUCCUCCUGGGAGCUCACACUCGCCACAUGAGCACCAUGUUUGACCAGUUUGUGCAUUUCAGGCCUCCAGCUUACCUAUUCAUCCAUCACCAGCCCUUGACCACCUUGGCCCCUGUGCUGCCUCUGCUUGCACACUUUGCAGAUAUCAACACUUUCAUGGUACAGCAAAUCAUCAAGUUUACCAAGGAGCUACCCCCCUUCCGAUCCCUGUCCAUAGAAGAUCAAAUCUCCCUUCUCAAGGGAGCUGCUGUAGAAAUGAGUCAAAUCUUACUCAAUACUACUUUCUGUCUUCAAACACAAAACUUCUUCUGUGGACCUCUUCGCUAUACAAUGGAAGAUGGAACCCAUGCGGGAUUCCAGGAAGAAUUUAUAGAGUUAUUAUUUCAUUUCCAUGGGACACUGAAGCGACUGCAACUCCAGGAGCCAGAGUAUUUACUCAUGGCUGCCAUGGCCCUCUUCUCUCCUGACCGGCCCGGAGUUACCCAAAGAGAAGAGAUUGAUCAGCUGCAAGAGGAGAUGGCACUGACUCUGGAGAGCUACAUCAAGAAACAACAGCUAAGGCCUGGAAAUCGGUUUCUGUAUGCAAAGCUGAUGGGCCUGUUAGCAGAGCUCCGGAGCCUUAACAAUGCUUACUGGUUCCAAAUCCAGCGCAUCCAGGGACUGCUUGCUAUGAUGCCACUUCUCCAGGAGAUCUGCAGCUGA